AGCAUUUUUUUUGCGCUGUCGGUAAAACGGGAGAAGUCCUGCUCAGCGCUCCGGGUUUGGGACGGGAUUAAGCGCUCCUCAGACUCCGCUCAUGGAGCCUAUAACGUCGUGGAGCGCCGAGAGAGUCAGCGCCUGGCUCAGAGGUCUGGAUGCGUCUCUGCAGCAGUACGCAUUUGAACAGUGGCGAUUGUGUGGGGUGGAUCUGCUGCAAUUAUCCUCGCAGCAGCUCGAACAGCUCGGUGUGCACAAGAUCGGACACCAGGAGCUCAUCCUGGAUGCUGUGGAGAAACUCUGCACUAUGACAUAUGGUCUAGCUGGGGAGAAUGUGGGCAGUGUAGCGGAGAAGCUGCGUGCUGUGGCUCACUCGCUGCAGAUGGGUAUUCAGAGUCGAUGGCGUGUCAACACAUAUGAUGGGCACAGAGCCACGAAAAUGCCUAAUCAACAACUGCAGCUGGUACUGGAUCUCAUCGUCACAGCCAAGGCCUUGUAUUCUCUGCUCAACGGGUAUCAGUACACAGAGCUGACAGGAUAUACAGGCUUUAAGAACAUCCUUGAGCUGUGUAAAGAUCUGGGCUCCGCCGUGCAGAAGGACAACACGGUGUUGGAUAAGGAGAAGGACAUCAUAUCGGUCAGUCGUCAGUUGGUGGCGAUAUGUGAUGAGGUUCUGAGCGCUGCUCCUGAGGCUGUACUGACCCACACUUCUCAGCUGCAAAGUGUUGAUCUGGUGCCGGUCCUGCCUGGAGAACAACUGGGGAUUGAGAUCACCUCCACGUCCUCUAGCCAACACUACAUCUCUGGAACAGCUGCUGAGUUUCCAGCAGAUUCCGCUGAGAAGAUCUUGGCAGGCGACGAGGUCAUAAAGGUCAAUGAUCAGAUCGUGGUGGGCUGGAGCAGGAAGAACCUGGUGGCGAAGCUUCAGGAGAACCCAAAUGGUGUGACACUGCUGCUGAGACGCCUUCCUGCCCUGUCUGUCUCUCACAAACACAAAGACAAGCCAGCACAGAAGGAAGAAGAAGACGAGGAAGAGGAAGAGAGAAACAGACACUCAGUGUUUGAGCGAGCGCCGGUGUCUGUGCGCUCGUACUCGUUCAGGGCUGCUGUCUUGUCCCCUGAAGGGCAGCAGCUUACAGGACAGGAGGAGCUGGAGUUGAGUGGCCUUGAUGGGAAUCAGAGCCACAGUGCACACACACACCACCUGGGUGCAGGUUCUGGUUUAGAGCGCAGGAGUACGUCUCUCCUCAGUCUGGACUCCAGCAGGACAAGAGUCGGAUCCUGGCCUGACAUGGGGGCCAGUAUGGAGGAAAAGGAGCCCAAGAAGAGCUCCUUCAAAGGCACACGGACGGCGUUGAGUCGUAGGAGGGUGUCGUGUCGUGAGCUGGGCCUGCCGGACUGCGACGGAUGGCUCUGGAAGAAGAGGAAAGAGAUGAGUGUGUUCAUGACACAGAAAUGGCAGCGCUUCUGGUUUGUCCUUAAAGGAGUUACAAUCUACUGGUACACCAGCCAGCAGGAGGAGAAGGCAGUCGGGAUGGUGAAGAUUGGCAGCUACAGCAUCGAGAGCGCUGGAGAACACAAGAGGAAGUACGUGUUUAAAAUGUGCCACCCACGCUUUCAGAACUUCUUCUUCGCUGCUGACAACGUUAACGACAUGAGCAAGUGGAUCAACUGUCUGAUCACCGCCAUCCAGAAAUAUAAGAAGCACCAGCAGAAUCCAUCAGACAACGAGACUGAGUGCUACAGUGAGACAGAGUCAGAGGAGGACGGCUCACACUCGCCACGCCUUGUAAAGAAAAAACCCUCCACGAAGGCCCACUCGAAUACACUUCCUCGAGCUCUGGGCAAGAAAAACAAACCACUAGGAGGAGGUGCAGUAACCACUUCACCAGCAGGGGGCAGUAAAGCUGCAGGAACGGUGGAUGAGAUGGGAGAGCUGUUUAACAAGCUGAAGGAGGGAGGAGUGUCUCUGAUUGGCCAGAAUCAGCCCAUCACUCAUGACCAACUCCGCAGGUCAUUUAUCCGACGAAACAAAAAUCCCGUCAUCAAUGAGAAGAUCCACACACUCCGCGCUCUCCAGAGCACACUCAAGGCGAAAGAGGCGGAGCUACAGCUCAUCGAUAAGCUUCUGGAAGAUUCCAGUCUGACGCCGCUGAAAUUCCGCCAGUGGAAGCAGAACAACGAUGAUCUCUACCAGGAAAUCGAGAAAAUCGCCACAGAGAAAAAACACAACCAAACAACCCCACAAGUGAAAACCGCCACCGCUGAUGACGACGGAGCAUGCAGACUCAGCCUGAGUGACGGAGAGCAGCUAGUGGACGCCGAGUUGCCUAGCGAUGGAGACUCCGCCCUCGACUCUGGGCGGGAACACUUAGCAGGGCUUACUGAUCCACAUAGUCAAAGAGCAGACAGCAGCUCUUCUGAAAAUUACUUCUACAUCUGAGCUGAUAAGUACUGACCCUGUGCCCAUCCACUUUAGGGUUCUGACAAGUCAGAGCCUCUUUUUAGGAAUGCGGCGGGACUCGAGCUGCUCUGGGGAGCAUUUCCAUUUUCCAACCUUGUUCUUACAAGAAAUGAUCGAUGUCAGUGUUGCUGAGCAACCUUAAUGAUGUUUUUAAGCUAACUGCCUAGCUAGCUAGUAGCAGUGGCUUUCUGUUGUUUUACUCACAUUUUUUAAAAUGAAACUCCAAAGAUCUGUAAAUAAUCAAGUAAUUAUUAAUUGCUUGAUCCUCAUGUUUUGUUCACUACUUUUACAGUAGUGUUACACCAUUUAAAACAACCAGUAUAAAUGAAUCUUCAUCUCAAUAUGGAUUUCCAAGUCUUCACGUCAGCAGCCCAAGUCCAGCAUGAUCAGUAUUUAUUUACUUUUAAUACAGUUCACAUCCCAACUCAGAUCUGAAGCAGAGUACUGCUGAUUGGAAAGAACACAUUGCUGUUAAUCCACUGAAGACUCAAAGUGAUGCACUGGAUAUAGAGCUUAAAAAAAAUAAACAGUGAACCUGGAACCAGAAGGAGAUAACCAAAAUCCCUGAUGUCUCUGUUGAAGUGAGCAUGAGUUCCGAACUCAUAUUUGUCAACCAUCAUUAUCAGAGCUCUUUUCUGAAACAGGAAGUUAUUUUUCUUUGAAAAUAAUCUGUGACAAAUUUUAUGUUAUAUAAAAAUAGAACAAAGUGGCCUGUGCACAUAACGGACAUUGAUAGGGCCUUUUAUUUUUACAGGUAACUUUUAGAGUCAUUUUAAAGUUUUAAUAUAAUAUCUAGUUUUAUGUUUCAUGUUUGUACUGAUAUUGUUAAUAUGUGCAAUGAUGGGAAGAAAAGGAAAAGAAUUAAUGUAAAUGAUCUUGUAAUUCAUUACACAGAACAAAAGCAUGAGUCUUAGAGUAUUUAGUAAUAUUGUGAACAAUGUAAGUUGUAUAUGUGAAAGGCAAUGUUUGUUAUAUUGUAAAUAAAAUGUCUACAGUUUACAAAAGCUAAAAA